AUACUCUGAUGAUGAAGUGGUCGCCGCCGAUCAUCUUGCUAGUUGUAUUAUGACUCCAAUAGAGAUGGAUGUAUGGGCAUCUAUUAAAAAUAUUAAAGAUCCUGAAUAUCCUAUGUGGACAUUAUCACAAUUAAGAAUUUGUUAUCCCACAGGUGUAUGCGUGAAAGAUGAUACUAUGAUGAUCGAAUUUACACCAACUGUAGAACAUUGUUCUCUAGCUACCUUGAUUGGUUUAU